UUUCCACGCGCGGAUAACAGUGUGGAGAGGAAAAAGUGACAGGAAACAAUCAGAAGAGUGUGUUCUGUCCUAACUUAAGAAGCAGAAAAAGUGUGUUUGAAAGGGAGAGAGAGAAAAGGAGAGAGUUUGUGUCUCCACUUCUUCUUCUUCUUCCACUUCCACCACCUCCAUGUCGCUUCCCGGCUCUCCUCCUCUCCUCACGCCGGGCUCAGGCGUCCCAACUUCGGCUUCUCUCUACCGCUCUGCCCCGGACCCUCUCCAGAGCUCCUCCAGUCCAGGACACAACAACAACAACAACAACUCCCACUCCUCCCACUCCCUGUCCCCGCGGCUCACCAGCAGCAUGCUCAGCGCCUUUCUGCCCGGACCAGGGGGCUCACUGGCCGGGUUGGGAUCUCUUCACAACGCCGGUCUGAACCCCGGUUCUCCCGGUUUGUUGCAGCAUCAGAACCAGAAUUCCUCCACCCUGUGUAGCGAGUGCAAACUGGUGGAAGUGCAUGGAGUGAAGGUGGCCAGUUUCGGGACGGACGGCCAGGAGCUCAUCUGUCUCCCGCAGGUGUUUGAUCUGUUCCUGAAGCACCUGGUGGGGGGUUUGCACACGGUGUACACCAAGCUGAAGAGACUGGACAUCGCGCCGGUGGUUUGCACCGUGGAGCAGGUGCGUGUUCUGCGGGGACUCGGUGCCAUCCAGCCCGGCGUGAACCGAUGCAAGCUGAUCUCCAAGAAGGACUUCGAGAUCCUGUACCAGGACUGCACCAGCGCCAGGUCUGUGGACUCUUUCAUCUGA